AUGCGGCGUCCAUCAGUUCUCGUUGGAUUCCUCUUGCUCACACUGGUUUCCAUUGAGGCCGUUAGUGUGGCAAAGAGUACUGGUAAUGACAUUGUAUUGAAGGUGUCAACUGAUAAGCACUCAUCGCGAGAUGGUCAUCAUUUUUCCGGUGAAUGGUUGGAAUCUCCAUGGGGUGACCUCUAUCAAUUUCGUGCUGGAGAUCAGAACUGGCUGACUGCCCGCGAACACUGUCUAUCGUUAAAUGCCGAUUUGGCAGCCAUCCGGAACGUCGAGCAGUUGGACUGGAUCUUAUCGCAUUACGCUCCUCUUUCAUCCCGAUUUGCGCAGCGUCUUGUGCAGAUAGGAUUGUAUGCUCCAGAAGGUCAAACACAUGGAUGGAAAUGGCUGGAUGGAAAUGAAAUUAACAAGACACUGUCAUGGAAUUCAGGAGAGCCAUACGAUCAUUCCAUGGAGGGACGUGAGAGAUGCGGACUUUUGAAUGUCGAGAAACGGCUUUUGGAUGAUGUGGAUUGUGAGUCUACGUCUCCUGAUCAUCGCGCCCAAAGAUACAUUUGUCAACGAACAAGCGAGAAUCACCAGCAGCAACAAAGGUCCAACAACUACAUCUGGCAAAAAAUCGAAAAUCUGUUUAGUUUCUUUGGAAUCGGAGGAUCACCAACCGCGCAUAAUGCAACGUCAUCUACUACAAAUGACUACGAGGAUGAAGUUAUCAAGAAUGAAACUACAACUGUCAAGUUAUCAACUGUGAAAUUCAGUGAUAGUGUAGAAGAAACUUCCAGUGAAGAAGAAGAAUCUGUAGCCAAGACUUUAGCUGCACUUCCAAAAAUUGAGGGAUCUGGAGAAUCGACAAGUUUGAAAGAACUACAGGAACCAGAAGGAAGUGGACAAAUUGUUAAUAAGAAGGCCAUUGAAGCAGCAGACCUGGUUCCAGGAAUGGAUGAAAAGAAACUGGAUAAAAUGAUUGACAAAAUGGAGAAACAAGAAGAAAAGGAAAAAGAAGAAAAGAAAAAAGACGAGUUGAGUGAUAACAAAAUAUCAGAAAGUAUUGAAGGAGAUUUCGAUCAAACUCAAUCCAAAGAUAUGCCGAAAGCUGACAUUGUACCUCCAAAAGAAGAAGAAGAAGAUUGUGAUGAGGAAGACGGAAGUGGAGAAGAGGAAAAAGAAGAGGAAUCCGGAGAAAAGAUAACACCUGAGAAGGAAGAUAAGAUCAAGGAGUUCUUGGGUGUUUUAAGACUUUUCCUGGAUCGUGCUGAGCAUGGAGAUCUGAGAAAACUUCUUGAUGAUCAGAGUGGAAAAACUCUUCUGGAAAGAAUGAAAAAUGCAGUUAGAGAAGCUAACAAAAGGGAAUUCGAAAUGCUGGAGAAACUGGAACUUUUGAAGAAGAAUGGAGAGAAAGAUGAUUUGACGAAGACACUGAAAAAGGAUCAAAUGAGCACUGAGGAACAAAAAGAUUUGUACAAGAAGAUCAGUUCGGCAGUUAUGAAAGCAGCCAAACUGCACAAAAUUGAGGACAAAGUUCAGGAUGAACAAGCGAUGGAAAAGUUCAACAUCGCCAAAGAGAAAGCUGAUUCAGAUGAGGAUUCAGAGGGAACGUUGGAGGUGCUGAAAUCUGCAAGAGAGGGUAAAGCUGAAAAGAAAGAGAAGGUUGGCGACGAUGAUUACUAUGGGGAUUAUUUGGAUGAGACCAAUGUGAUCAAGGUUCAGAAUCGAGAGGAAAAGGAGAAUUCGGCAGAGGAGAAGACAAGUGAGGAUGAGAAGGAGAAGACGACAGUCGCUGUAGUUCAUGACCAGAAUAAUGAAGUAACGAAGGAAGAUGAGAAGGAAUCUGCUGUGAAGGAAGAAGCCAAAGAGACAUCAGUUGCUAAUGAAUCAGAGAAAAAAGUGGAAGAGGAAGUUCAAACCGAGAAGAAGGAAGAAGCAACAACGACUGCAGAAGAAUCAAAGAAGGCCGAAGAGAAAGUAACUGAAGAAAAAGAAGAGGGAUCUGCUGUUGAAGAAUCAUCUGGUACCUCCUCCUCCAAACCAGCUGAGGCUGAAGAAGAUGAAGCUGAAUUGGAAGCUUCAGGACAAGAAGAAGUCUCCACUACUACAGAGUCUACAACAGUUGCCACUAAAGAAGUUCCAAGCGAGGAGAUUGAGAAGACUGCAAAACUUGAGGCUAAACAACUGACUGAGGAUGAGCCAGUAACCGAGGAAACAAAGAAAGAUACGACUGCUUCGACUUCAUCUGAACCAUCUUCUACUUCUUCUUCGUCUACUGUUGAAUCCACCACAGAAAUUACUACUACACCAGUUACGACAACACAGCCAGUCACAGUUUCUGUGAAGAAAGUGAGCCCAGAAGAGAUAGAAAAACUCUCAAAAAUGGAAGCAACUGAGAAAGUAACCCUUCUUCCACCACUCCCAACAUUCACCUUCCCAACCUUGGAUCCCUUCACUUUUCCAACACUUCCGACACUUGCAACAACGAAACCAACUCCAGCACCAAAAGUUCCAACUCUAGAAGAAAUUUUAGGAAACUUGAACGACCAAUUCAAGAAACUUUUAUCGCCACCAAAGCCUUUACCACCAAAGUAA